GCCAACAUCAAAAACAACACACAACUGCUGCAACUGUGGCAGCUCAGCGUGUAGCCGUUUUAAUACCUUCGUCAUUGCACAUUGAUAUGAUGCAAGUGCAACAGGGCUUCCAGCAUUUCGUUGAGUUUUUUCAAGUGCAUUUAUCUAACGCUAGCGUCGAUUUUAUACAUGAUGUCGAUUUAAGUGGCUUCAUUAAAUUACUCGAGCUACCCAAAUACACGAGCGUUGUAAAGACUUUAAAUGCGGGCAUUAAUAUAGACACCGAUGUGGACCUCGAUGGCAAGGGCCAAAGUGGCGGCGACGGCGAUGGCGUUGACCCAACAAAGCAGCCAAGUCAGCAGCGUCCCCAAAUGAAACAGUUGUCAGCAGACACUUUAUCAGCACCCACAGAGUUACCAAAGGAACAACAGCAGAAACAUCAAAAACAGCAACAAAAUGAUAAAGCGCAAAAGGCGAAGCAGCGGGAACAGCAUUCGGAUACCAGCAGUUUGGCCCACUGUCAUCAGCUGGCCGAGCAACUGGCUUACGAUUACAAUAAGAGCGCUCUCUUCUGGCCCUGCCCGCAAAUGAAAUCAUGGAUAUGGGGAGAUGACGAUGACGAUGGCGAUGGCGAUGGCGAUGCAGAUGUUAAUGAAUCUGCAAUGUGCUCCUAUUGA